AGAAAUAAAGGAAAACAAAUUAGGUUUUGUUUAAGCUUCAGCCGCCCUCUCUCUCGUCUCUAGCGUCUGUAAUAAGUCCCGUCGCCCAGCUGCUGGUGAGUUCUGCACAGCCGCACGCACCCUGGGGUUCACCUUCGCCGCCGACUGAACUGCCAUUCGUGACUGCCGGUGUCGCCGUUCGUCUCUGUGGCUUCUGGUCUGGUCGCAUGCCGCAACGCCACAAUUAACGUCGCUGUUGUCUUCUGCCGCCUUCGGUUGCGCCGUUCGUGCCGCUGUCUACGGGCAGAACGCCGCCGCAUGCCACCACCAAUCCGCCGCUGCCAUUUUUCGCGUGCCACCGCUCGUUGUCUUCCGUUACGCCGCCGCCGCUGUGGGUUUGUCGCUGCCAACACUAGAGCUCACCGAAAUUGCUUUGAGUUCUUCAAGAUAUUGGUUGCCAAAUAAAGGAUUUGUCUAAUUGUUGCUGUAAUCUUGGUUUUGGAUGAUAGAUUUGAGGUUUGAAGGAAUUUCGGAAUCGUCAACGUGCUGUCCAUUGGAUUUGAAGUGGUUUCAGCAAGACUUUUGUGGACUAGUCCCUGGUCAACCUUUCUUAUUCAAGAGCUAGCAGCCUUGUUUUGUGGCCUAUUGAGUAGUUCUGUCAGCAAAUGAAGAAUUCACCAUCACUUGAGCAGUCCAUACCUGAAAGAAUUACUCAACGAUUGUUUAUCGCAUCAAACUCUUGCACCCUAGAAGCAUCCUUAGAAACCCUUAUUGAAGCUUCUAAAAGUAUUGAGGGUCGAUCAAAUUUGGCUUCUCAGGAUAUCCUUCCUUGUGUGCUAGAGCUGAUUCAGUGUGUCAUUAACAUUUCGGGUGAUGUGCUUCUAUUGUCAUCCUUGAAGCUCCUAAGAAACCUAUGUGCUGGAGAAAUUAGAAAUCAGAAUGUUUUCAUUGAGCAAAAUGGAGUUGGAGUUGUUUCGAGAGUUUUGCAGGACGCUAUGCUGAUGAAUGAUCCUGAUCAUGUGAUCAUUAGACUAGGACUACAGGUUCUAGCAAAUGUUUCACUGGCUGGAGAAGAGCAUCAACAAGCAAUUUGGCACAGAUUGUUCCCUGACAAGUUUCUUUUACUUUCUCGUAUUACCUAUCAUGAGAUUUCUGAUCCUUUGAGUAUGAUCAUCUACAACAUUUGUAGUAGACACUCUGAACUGGUCGCAUCACUUUGCGGUGACUCAGGGUUGCCUAUUAUUGAGGAGAUUGUGAGGACUGUAUCUUCUGUUGGUUUUGUCGAAGAUUGGGUGAAGUUGCUUCUUUCAAGAAUCUGCUUAGAAGAACCUUAUUUUCCAAGGCUUUUCUCUAAAUUACGCCCUAUUGAUACUUAUAAAGAUAGCAAUAAAGCUGAAUAUAGAGACGUUUCCUUUUCAUCAGAACAAGCAUAUCUUUUGACAAUCAUAUCAGAGAUACUGAAUGAGCAAAUUGGAGAUAUUGUUGUUCCCAAGGAUUUUGCAGCGUGUGUGUAUAGAAUAUUUCAGAGCUCCAUUUCUAUCAUAGAUUCUACCCCAAUAUGCAAGAGUGGUCUCCCAACAGGCACAAUUGCAGGAGAUGUUCUUGGGUACUCGCUCACUAUUUUAAGAGAUAUUUGUGCACAAGAUAGUAAGAAAGGAGAUAAAGAUGUCUCUGAGGAUGCAGUCGAUGUGCUUCUCUCUCUUGGACUUAUUGAUUUGCUUUUAGGCAUUCUCCAUGACAUUGAACCUCCGGCUGUACUAAAGAAAGCACUUCAACAAGGAGAGAAUGAAGACAGAACAAGUCUUCCAAACUCAUUAAAGGCGUGUCCAUAUAAAGGGUUUCGAAGAGAUAUUGUUGCCGUCAUUGCAAAUUGCUUAUAUAGAAGAAAGCAUGUACAAGAUGACAUUAGAAAAAAGAAUGGAGUGUUUGUGCUAUUGCAGCAGUGUGUUGCUGAUGAAAACAAUCCUUUUCUAAGGGAAUGGGGCAUCUGGGCUGUGAGGAACUUACUGGAAGGGAACUUAGAAAAUCAAAAGUUAGUAUCUGAAUUGGAAGUUCAAGGUUCUGCAGAUGUGCCUGAGAUUGCUGAACUCGGUCUUCGAGUUGAGGUGGAUCCGAAAACUCGAAGGGCUAAGCUUGUUAAUGCCCCACGACCAUUCCAAGACUCUUAAGGUAAUUUGGUUUGCUGAGAACUUGCUACUGAAUAUAUUUUUGACAGUGUAAUACUUCUGAAUAGUGUAUGUUGAAAAAUCUCAUUGGCUUUGAGAUGAUACAAACCAUUUGUUAAUUUAAGAUUUUGUAAUUUAGAGAUCUUGCCUAUCAAGCUCAUUAGAUGUACUAUAGAGAAUUUUAAUGUAGGGAGAAAGAAUAGGAUGUCAUUAUUUGCCAUAAAGAAGUAAAUAAACAAAUAAAUAUGGUCUCUUAUUAGUUCA